AUGCCGUCUUUCAGCCGUAGCGGGCUCAAUUUUAAGGCUAGAGAGAGGAUACAGAUUUCUCAGGAUUUUGCGAUAUUACAUCCAGAGGCCUCUGGGAGAUUAACCGAAAACUGGAACCCUGUGUUCUCAGCAAAGGUCAUUCGGAUGGCCAGAAAGGAGAAAAUGGCUGACCUUCUCGCCAACAUAGAUUCGCUCUCAGCAGAUAAACAAGGCGACAUAGCAUUGCAGCUGCUUCCAGUGCUGCUCCCAACUGCACUCUACAAAGUUGGGAGAAGAGUUUUCCACCCCAGCAGCCUGGAGAUUCGCAAGGCCUUCAUUGACGUCAAGCCUAGCUCCGACAGUGAUGAACAACCGGAGAGAGUUGACAUUGGGGAGCCCCACACAGAGGCCUUGGAGGAGGAUGUGGACAAAGGUCUGGACUUGGUAUACUCUCUGAAUGACAGACCACCGUGGUACCUCUGCAUCCUGCUGGGCUUCCAGCACUACAUCCUUGCAUUUGGUGGCAUCAUUGCAAUCCCCCUGAUUCUGGCUGAGCCCCUCUGCAUAAAGGACAACAAUGCUGCCAAAAGCCAGCUCAUCUCCACCAUAUUCUUCGUGUCAGGAUUAUGCACUCUGCUGCAGACUGCUGUUGGUACCAGGUUACCGAUCCUUCAGGGAGGGACAUUCAGCUUCAUCACACCAACACUAGCCAUCCUUGCUCUGCCAAAGUGGCGGUGCCCAGCCCCAAAUGCACCCGUGAUGGUGCCCGUUCAGCUCCAAAAUGACACUGGCUCCCUGAAAAUGGAAAAUUCUGAUGAGAUCUGGAUGUCACGAAUGCACGAGAUCCAGGGGGCAAUCCUGGUGUCCUCGCUGCUCCAGAUAUUCUUGGGGUUUUCCGGGCUGGUGGGCCUUGUGCUCAGAUUUAUUGGCCCACUUGCUAUCGCUCCGACCAUCAACCUAAUCGGCCUCUCACUAUUCAUUGAGGCUGGGAAGAAGUCUGGAGGCCACUGGGGAAUAGCGGCACUAACGGUCUGUCUGAUCCUCCUGUUCUCUCAGUAUCUCAGCAAAGUUGAUGUACCAAUGAUUGCUUAUAAAGAUAAGAAGUGGAAAGUUUUCCAGUAUCCCCUCUUCAAGCUUUUCUCAGCCUUAUUUGGGAUGUGUGGUGGCUGGUUGAUUUGCUUUUUGCUAACCAUCUUCGAUGUCCUGCCUUCAAAACCUGAUGAGUAUGGUUACUCAGCCAGGACCGACACCAACCUGGAUGCUGUAGCUAGUGCCCCAUGGUUCCAUGUGCCAUACCCAGGUCAGUGGGGUAUCCCCACAGUGAGCGUGUCAUCAGUGUUGGGUAUGAUGGCCGGCGUUUUGGCAUCUACCAUGGAGUCCAUUGGUGACUACUACGCAUGUGCUCGCUUGUCUGGUGCUCCCCCCCCACCAACUCAUGCCAUUAACCGCGGUAUUGCUGUGGAGGGCAUCGGCUGCAUCCUAGCUGCACUCUGGGGCACUGGAAAUGGCACGACCUCCUACAGCCAGAAUAUUGCCGCGCUUGGCAUCACCAAGGUUGGCAGCAGACUGGUCCUGCAGACGACUGGUAUUCUGAUGAUCAUCCUGGGAAUCUUUGGGAAAUUUGGAGCAGUUUUCAUCACCAUUCCAGACCCCGUUAUUGGAGGCAUGUUCCUCGUUAUGUUUGGAAUGAUUGCAGCAGUGGGAAUAUCGAACCUUCAGUAUGUGGACCUUAACUCAUCCAGGAACCUCCUCAUUCUUGGCUUCUCUACGUUCAGUGGCCUCGUAUUACCGACCUGGUUUCACUCCAACCCCGGCAUCAUUGACACAGGAAUAAAAGAACUGGACCAAGUAAUCGUGGUACUCUUCACCACACAUAUGUUUAUUGGAGGAUUUUUGGGGUUUGUGCUGGACAACACCAUUCCAGGUACAGAAAAGGAGAGAGGCAUUAAAAGUUGGCGUGAAAAGGUGGAACAGGAAGGCAAGAAUCAUGUGGGUGACCAGUCCUGUUAUGAUAUCCCUUUCUGCAACCCCAUUUUGAGACGAUUCAGAUGUUUCCAGUACCUGCCUUUCCUCCCUUCUUACAAGAUCCCCCAGCAGAAAAUGUCCAAGUAAUUGAAUUUCUAAGUUGCCCAACAGGAUUGAUGUUAGUAUUUUAGCCCUAUAAAGCCAAAUGGUAGUGACAGCACUGAGA